CUGCUGCUCCGCUCCGGGCGCGUCUGUGCGUCUGGGUCUGUUUGGAGAGGCUUGGGUGACAGGCGAGGGGUGGGGGGAAGAGUUCAGCUUGACUCACAGUCUCAUUCACUGAUUUCGCCCGCUGGACCGAGGCUGCCUCCCCAGGCGGUUCCUAACUACCCUCGCACCUCCGAGGUCCCCACUGCCGCCUCUCCACUUUCAGCGACGGACCGACCGGCCGACUCUCGAGUUGGCAGCUUUGCGCCCGAGGGUUUCGCGAGCAGAGGCGGCGAGGACAGGGCGUCUCUGGCCCAGUCAGCCAGGAAGCAUGCGGUUCGGGCAGCAGCGCUAAGCGCCCCCACGCUGGGCACGGGGCGUACGAGCUCCGCGCGGCUAGCAGAGCGGCGGCGGUGGAGGGGAUGCACCCGGGACGCGCCAGGCUCCUGCCGCGAGCUACCAACCCGAGGUGGACCCUAAGUAGGGCUCAUCGCAGGACCGCGCAGACCCCUGCCCUCCGGGGCACGCGGCUGCGGAGCCUCGGGGACGUGUCUGCGGUCAGGAUGCCCUGGGCACCUCUCAGCUGGUGAGGAUGUCCUGCUGCGCGGCUCUGCAUCCACAGCCCCAGACCCUGGUGAACACGACUGCCUGGGCCCGGCAUUGGCCCCUCGUGCCGGUGGAUGAAAAACGCUGGAGUCCUUGAAUGCAUUAGCGAUCGAAUCUGAAUUCUAAGAGCCAUGGACGAAGGAAUUGGGCUGCAGCCCCAGGCGGGAGAGCAGCUGGAAGCACCGGCCAGAGUAGGAGCUGUCCAAGAGCAGUGCGAACCAGAGACCUUUAGGUCCAAGAGUUUACCCGUCCUGAACAGCGCCUCCUGCCGGUCAGAUCGGCGUCCCGCGCGCGAAGGCUCAGAGCCCGCCUCCGGCUGUACGGAUUCUUCCGACCAUAGGGAGUUGAAGCAAGGACCCGGCCCACAGGCACCCAGCCCCUCCGCCCGGUCUACUUCGGCAGAGAUGGUAGGGCUGGUGGAACAUCACCACAGGGUGGAAGUCGGCAAGACCAUGUCGGUGUCCUCCGCUUUGGCCAUGCUCCAGGGCAGAAGGUGCCUCUAUGUGGUCCUCACUGAUUCCCGUUGCUUCCUGGUUUGCAUGUGCUUUCUGACCUUUAUCCAGGCUUUAAUGGUUUCUGGGUACCUGAGCAGUGUCAUCACCACCAUCGAAAGGCGCUACAGUCUGAAGAGUUCCGAGUCGGGGCUGCUGGUCAGCUGCUUUGACAUCGGGAGCCUGGUGGUGGUGGUGUUUGUCAGCUACUUUGGUGGCCGGGGGCGGCGGCCCCUGUGGCUGGCGGUGGGGGGCCUCCUCAUUGCCGUGGGGGCUGCCCUCUUCGCUUUACCUCACUUCAUCUCGCCUCCCUACCAGAUCCGAGAGUUGAACGCCUCAGCCUCCAACGAUGGCCUGUGUCAGAAUGGCAACUUUUCGGCCACGGUGGAGCCUCCCACCUGCCUCAAGGACUCAGGAGGAAAUAAUCACUGGGUCUACGUGGCUUUAUUCAUUUGCGCACAGAUUCUUAUUGGAAUGGGCUCCACGCCAAUUUAUACUCUGGGACCAACCUACCUAGACGACAAUGUCAAGAAAGAAAACGCAUCCUUGUACCUAGCCAUCAUGUAUGUCAUGGGAGCGCUUGGUCCUGCAGUGGGAUAUUUAUUAGGUGGACUUCUUAUUGGUUUUUAUGUUGAUCCCAGAAAUCCUGUUCACCUUAACCAGAAUGACCCUCGUUUCAUUGGAAACUGGUGGAGUGGAUUCCUCCUUUGUGCCAUUGCAAUGUUUCUUGUGAUAUUCCCAAUGUUUACUUUUCCAAAAAAGCUUCCGCCUCGACACAAGAAAAUGAAAAAGAAAAAAUAUUCUGCUAAUGUUGCUGGCGAUGAUGAUGUUGUAAAGGAGAAACCAAACAGUUGUGAACAAGCGGACAAAAAAGUUUCUUCUAUAGGAUUUGGAAAGGAUGUCAGAGACCUACCAAGAGCAGCUGUCAGGAUCUUAAGCAACAUGACAUUCCUUUUUGUGAGUUUGUCAUACACAGCUGAGAGUGCCAUUGUCACUGCUUUCAUUACCUUCAUUCCCAAGUUCAUCGAGUCACAGUUUGGUAUUCCGGCUUCCAAUGCCAGCAUCUACACUGGCGUCGUCAUUGUCCCCAGUGCCGGUGUUGGGAUUGUCCUGGGAGGCUACAUUAUAAAAAAAUUGAAACUUGGUGCGAGAGAAUCUGCAAAGCUAGCGAUGAUCUGCAGUGGCGUGUCUUUACUGUGCUUUUCCACCCUGUUUAUUGUCGGAUGUGAAAGUAUCAACCUUGGGGGCAUAAACAUCCCUUAUACAACAGGACCUUCCCUGACUCGGCCUCAUAGGAAUCUGACAGGAAGCUGCAACGUUAAUUGUGGUUGUAAAAUACACGAGUAUAAGCCUGUCUGUGGAUCAGAUGGAAUUACUUACUUUAACCCUUGCCUGGCUGGCUGCGUUCACAGUGGUAAUAUGAGCACUGGGAUAAGGAAUUACACAGAAUGCACCUGCGUCCAAAGCCGCCAAGUGAACCCCCCCACGGUGGGCCAGCGCAGUCAGCUCCGCGUGGUUAUUGUCAAGACCUAUCUCAACGCAAAUGGCUACGCUGUGUCCGGGAAGUGUAAACGGACCUGUAACACCCUCAUCCCGUUCUUAGUUUUUCUGUUCAUAGUGACCUUCAUCACAGCGUGUGCCCAGCCGUCAGCCAUCAUCGUGACACUCAGGUCUGUAGAAGAUGAAGAGAGACCUUUUGCCCUGGGAAUGCAGUUUGUUUUAUUGCGAACACUUGCAUACAUUCCUACUCCAAUUUACUUUGGAGCAGUCAUUGACACCACCUGCAUGCUCUGGCAACAGGAGUGUGGCGUGCAAGGCUCUUGCUGGGAGUACAAUGUCACAUCGUUUCGUUUUGUCUAUUUUGGUUUGGCAGCCGGCCUCAAAUUCGUUGGCUUUAUUUUUAUUUUCUUGGCCUGGUACUCCAUUAAAUACAAGGAGGAAGAACUGCAGAGGCAGAGGUGGAGAGAAUUCCCUCUGAGCACUGUGAGUGAGAUGGUGGGCCAUACCGACAGUGCCGAUAAGUAUGCCCGGACUAGAUCUUGCCCAGCUUUCAACACCCAGGGAGAAUUCCAUGAAGAGACUGGUCUGCAAAAAGGGAUCCAAUACACAGCACAGACCUAUCCGGGGCCCUUCCCAGAAGCAAUAAGUUCCUCCCCAGACCCGGGGCUGGAAGAAAGCCCUGCUGCCAUGUAGCCUCCCUCCUGAAGCUUGAAAAUGGAAGACUUUAGUUUUGUUGGUUGAGUUGAAUAUGGCGACUUGAGAAACACCUGUGCCUUCUUUACUUUCUUUCUUCUUUUAACCUCGAGAGACACAAUCCUCAAACCAACAGAACUCAGUAUACACAGCCACUGUUGAUUGAGGGCUGGAUACCUCAACAAGACUGAGCCUUUCCCCACUUCUGUCCAAGAAGGAGGUGUUUAUAUAGAUUUGUUUCUAUUUCUGAGAUGUUAAUUUGACGCUCAUGCUCCAAUAUGGGUAUACGGCUGGGUGCAUGGUUAACAAAAUCAUGGGAUGUGUAAUGCCGGUGCAUAUCAUUAGCAAACACUCCAAACAAGGGUGAGUCUGACCAUGACUUUGCAUUUACGAAUCCAGGUUUUGAGAUAUGAACACCUACUCUGAGUUCGGCUACAAAGCACAAAUGAAUUUGCCUCAACUAUGCAAUUUGGGACGAUGUAAGUGCAGCAUGUUACUUUUGCUUUCAGAGACUAAAGCAGAUACAUUUUUGAAAAGAGGAAGCUAAACUUUCCCUAAAGUACUGUUCGUAGCAUUUUAAGCCAUAGCAGGUAGAACUUUUCAAAUGCUUCAAAGAAACCCUAAGUAUAGCGUGAUAAAGGAAACAGCUACUUCAUUUCAUAAGACACAUUCUCUUUUAGUCUGUCUGCCCCACCGUAAAGGAGUUAAAGAAGCUGCUGAAUCAUGAACCUAAGAGCUUGAAUAUAAAUUCUAGGAUUCUUUUUUAUGGGGCUUUAACACUAGUGUGCUAAACAAUAUGGCUAGAAACUUUAAUAUGAGAUGCAUAAUAAGGUAGGAAACUGAUGGCUUUCUCACCCAAAGAAAAUUGCUGCCAAAAUUUUAAGGGCCCACAUGAAGGUGGUUAAGAAUUGUGACCUUGACACUCUAAGUAGUUGGAAAAAGAAAUCCCACGGGAGUAAGAUUGAAUUUCACCUGAUCAUUUGAGAUAUAUCUGGAAGCACUAGCAAAUCUGCAGUUACAUAUAUAAAAUUGCUGUGGUUGCUCUGAAAAUGGAGUCAUUUAAUCAGGAAAGCUGAACCUGCAAUUGAAAAUCACUUUGAACGCAGGAGGAGGGAGAUCUGGGAGCCGGACCUAGGUUAUGAUCCAAAGUCAUGACUAAAAAUUAUUUAAAAUGUACUGGUCUAUCAUACAGAAUCCUCCCUUAUCAGAGUUAGAAUCAUUUCACUUCUCAUUUUGAUUCCUUUCUACUGUAAUCUUUCCAAAGGGAUUCUGAGACAGGGUUUUUCUGUUUCUAAAUGCACUUUGGAUUUAUUAUCCGUCAUUCUUUUCUGUACCUUCCAGCACAUCACUUUGAUUUAGAUGCCACACAGAAUGUUUUCUAUGUGGUUCCUAAAGUAGAUGCCUCCUGACAGCCCUAGGGAGUUGAUAGCAAGUUAAUUCAUGGAUCUGGCUGUUCAGAAAAGGAAUUAUGACAACUCAGAUUUAGGAGGGACUCUAAUGUACAAAUAUCAAUAUAACUGUGAACUGUUUCUGUUGAUGAGCUUCUGCUUUUGGAGGGCUAAUUUGGGAAAUGGUUUCCUUGGCUGAUUUACACUCUUCCACGGAAGGGAUGUGAUUGACCCAUGAUUCAGGCUUUUAGCCCUCCAUCGACGGCUGCACAGGUAGAGUUGGGUGACUAUUCCUGGGUAAAAGGUUGUUUUCCUCUCUACUUAGGAAUAGUCUGGGUCAAAUGGCUCUCUUGGUUGUAUGCAGUUUAUGGAGAGGAUUCUCACAAGUGGACUAAAUGAUGUCUACAGGGAGUGGAGGCAGGGGUCUCAGGUGACAAGGACUUCCCUUGGAGCAGAUUUGUUUGGCUAAGUCAUCAUUGCUGUUACCUGUAAUGACACUGUGUCUGUCAAACUGUGGUCGAAGUGGCUUUUUCUGAAGAUCUUCAGAGAAUAUUGUUGAUUGUCUUUGUGCCUACUCUGGGGCUUCAGAGUAGACAUAAGGGAGAUCUUGGCUCCCUUAGAAGAGAAAGUUUUCCUUUGUGUUGGGCCUAACCAUCUAUGGAUUGGGAAGAGAUGAUGUUUUCUUAAUUUUCCUCUGACUGUUAAGAGAUUGCAUUGAGAGAAGUUGGGUGGGAUUGGCACUUUUUUUUUUUUUUUGGUAACUAAGAUUGUGAGUUCCAACACUCUUGGCAUUCUCUCUUCCUGGUAGCACAUGUUGAAAAGGAGCUGCUCUUAGAAAUCUAGGAAAGGAAAUGAUGCACUCAGCAGGUGUAAUUAGAGACACCCUCCCUCCACCUUUCUCCACCUUGACCUGUCAUCCAGUUCAGCCAUCACUGACUGAGCGCCACGUCCCUAUCAGGCACCAUUUUACCCACUUACCAUCUGCCAGUCUAUGACAUCCUUUCCAUGGAUUAGGUCAGAAUUCAAAGAAAUUGGUGGUACCCAUACGCCACAAUGUUAAUAAUGUACUUCCUCAAGUAUCUGGUACCUAUAAGUAGCUAGUAUAUCAUUCCUGUGUUGUUGGCAAAUGUAGCAUGAAUAGUUAAAAAAAAAUCAUGGGGGGGGGGCUGAUGUUUUGGAAUAUGGAUGAAUUGAGUUGUCCUCAAAAUGCUUUGCGCUCUAGUAGCAUCGCUGGAAUAGUCACAUAGUCAACUAAGGUGACUAUUUGAUAGAUGACACCCUCUAAUUGUAUAUACGAGGUCCUUAAAUGCUUGCUAAUAAGUUGGUCAUGUCACUUUAGAGUCAUUAUUUUUAUUACACUUUUAAUUGCCACUCUCUGUGAGCUUCGGCUUAUAAUUAUUAUUAUUAUUUUUUGAAAAGUCACCUUGUUCCUUAAUAAACUCUGUAGGUUAAUGUAUUGUUUGGCUUUAAUAAGCAAAUAUCCUUGAGUCUAACCUAUUAAUUUAGAAACUCCCAGGGGGUGCAGUGGGGAGUUGGUGCUCAUUAUUUUGACUGUCUUCUUUAGCUUGACAUCCUUAUCCUUUGUCGGUGGAUUUAAUUCUUAAAAACAGUCAAAAGUCAUUCAGAACUAGAGUGAGGAAAGAAAGGAGCAGCAGAAAGGAAAUAAAUUAGCAUUUGUUGAAUGUUGACUAUUUUCAGAGCAUUUGGUCAAGCCAAGCAAUUAAUAUACAUCAUUCAGUUCUCUUGUGACUUUGCAAGACAACUAUUUAUUACUAUUAUUGUUAUUUUUAAAGAUGAAAACUGAGGCUCAGAGGUAAAAUGACUUGUUCAGGAUUGUACAGAGUGGUUAAGUCAGGGUUCAGAUGCACAUUUCUCUGUUGCUCACUUUUUUUUUUUUUUUUGGCUUUUUAGGGCCGCACUCGAGGCAUAUGGACGUUCCCAGGCUAGGGGUCAAUUGGAGCUAUAGCUGCCGGUCUACGCCACAGCCACAGCAACGUGGGAUCUGAGCUGCGUCUGUGACCUACACCGCAGCUCAAGGCAAUGCUGGAUGCUUAACCCACUGAGCAAGGCCAGGGAUUGAACCUGCGUCCUCAUGGAUGCUAGUCAGAUUCGUUUCCGCUGAGCCAUGAAUGUGUUGCAUACUUCUUACACUACAUAAUGCAUAACGUAGUUUUGAUUAAAAUACGCAAGGUGUGACUAUAUGAUAGUGAGGUGGAGUGUUUCAUUUUUUGAUGUGUUACUGUUUCUGGAAUGUAGAAAAGUUAUUUCUUUGUGUAAAGCAGAAAAAAAAUCUGUAGAAAAUAUCAAAAUUGAAUGUUUCAAUUUUCAAGGUAAACUUAUACUUAUUUAGCUAAGUCUUAUAUUCAAAACUGUUUGUCCUAAGAUACCUCAAGAAUUUAUUUAGAGUUCCUGUUUAAUAGAGAACAAAUCCAAUUUCGAUGUUAACUCUGAAUCUCAGUAGAGUUUCUGAAACAAAACAUUAUGAGGAGAGGUGGUUCAGAUUUGUCGAAUCUGAGCUUUAGGGAUUUCAGGUGUAUGCUUUUUUGGGUCCUUUUUCAGAAUGUUAACAUUUCCAUUAGUUUUUUGUUUGUUUGGUUUUUGGUUUUUUAGUGAAUGAAUAGUGGUUUUAAAUUUCCUAAUAAAAUUUUAAAUGACCAUAUACAAAGUGUUACAUAGUGAAUGAACAUAUAUAAAAUGUUAUAUGUUAUACACCAAACCACAACCCGAUUGUUGCCAAUUGUUACCAUCAGUAGCUGCAGUAACAAACCAAAGCCUGGGCCUGGAAAUGUCAGCCAUCAAAAAAGCUACCUCCAUGGAGGAGGUAUCGGCAGUCCCACCUUUCACCAACCACUAAGAAAACUCUCCCUUGGUUUGCAUUUCUAGCUUGCAUUCCUUGGUGGCCUUAGAACCAGAAAGUUUCUUUUUGGAGCCUGUUUGUAUCAACUACAGGUGCACCAAAGAGGAGCUUCCUAGUUUAAGUGGACCUGAAGCAUUUGCAGAAAUCCUCUGGUUGUGUCUAGGAGCAGCUGGAGAGCCCCAGCCUAGGGUGACAGCCCAUUAUACUUUUUGUGAUUUUGUGUGUACUGAAAACAUCCUACAUGACACAGAAAUAUGAAUAUAACUAUUGAUAUGGAGGUGCAUACUGAGUAUCCUAAGUAGCAGAUAGAUAUCAAAACACUGCAUAAUCCCAGAAUGGCCUAGACGGCAGGUUUGCUAACUCUCUGUUACAGCAACUGGUAGCUAUCCUUUUCACACACCUAUUUGCAUUUCCUCUUCCGUAGUACGGAAGGGAGUGCCGUGGCUGGCAAGGCGAAGUUAGUGGCCUCGUGCUCUUCAUCUUUUCUGUCUUCUCUCCUUUCCUCACCCUCCAGGAUGCUGCUGGCUGCGUCUGUCCCAGACUUCUUGCUACUUUGAAAUCCGAUCUGUGUAUGUCUGAAGAGGUUAUUUUCAGCACUUGGUUUUUACUCAGCCUUAGGAAGGGUCAAAUAGGAUGAAAACCCUCCCUGGGUAUUUGCUUUUGCAACAUUAAAAAGUAAAUGCCUUGGUGCUAAAAGUAUUUCAUGCAUGCUCACCGCAAAAACAAACAAACAAAAAAACCCCACUGAAUUCACAGUAUUUCACUGAGAAGGGACUGCAUGUGCUUUGCUUUUGGAAAUCUGGAGAACUUCUCAGAAAACAAGCUCUCAUUACUCUCAUUACUACAGUUAAUCCAUGAACUUAACACUGCAAAAAUGAAGAGUGUGGGGGGGAAUACUUUUUUUAUGGAAAACCCAGCGCUUUUGAUAUUUAUUUUAACAAGAAAAAUCAGAUGCUAAAAAUAAUUUCAGAGAGAGGCGAAAACUGUUUCAGAUAGACUUUUCUUAUUUCUUCUCCAAAAAAAACAAAACAAAACAAAAAACCUUACACCCAUGUACCUUGUUUUUAAUAUUGAAGUUUGGAAGGUGUUGUCUUUUUCUGGUAUUCUGCUAUUACAGAUGAAAAUCAAAGGAGAAGAUAUUAUUGAUAACUAAAGUAAUGCCAGGGAUGUAUUAAACCAAAGGGGUGAACAAAAGAAGUUUAAAGUUUGUAUGUAGAAAUGAAAAACAAGGACAAUUGGUAAAACUUUAUAGUGGGCAUUUUUCUUCAAAUACAUACCUCUCCCCCAAAUAUUCAUUUAGAAGCAUCAAACUGGCAGGUCAGCCUCUAACUCCUUAGUUACAGGAAGUGUAAUACUGUGUCAAAUAAACUGGCAUUAGGAUCCUAGUGGAGUGUGUGUCCAGCGUGUGUGUUUUUGUUUGUCUAGGUGUGCUUGCGAUGAAAGGCUGUUUUGAGUUCUUGAGCAAAGGGAGUUUGAUUUUGUGGUUUUUAAAAUGACUAUUUAUUCGAAGACCUCUUAGGGUCAUUGAAAAGAUGUAUAAUUUCCUGUGUUCAAUGAAAUCUAUUGUCAAUGUACUAAUAAACCUUGGUUUACAACAUCUGGAAUACUUGAUUAUUGAAAAUUCAGAAAAGAGGUAAAAGAAAAAAGAAUAAAGUGUGUUGGAUUGAAA